CUGACGUGUCAAUCUCUGCUGCAUAAAUUCCAUCAUUGUGAAUUAUUCAGAAAAUAUUCAUGUCAGAAGACGAUAAAAUAUUAAAAUGCGGACAAAAGUUCGAUAAGUUGAAGUUAUGGCUGAGAAUUUUUCAGUUCAUCCUGAAUGUCUCGCUUCUAAGUUUUGUUGAAGAUCACUCGGACUACGUCUACUUACUGAGUUUUGCAGCCUACUCUCUAUCUGUCUUCGCUUCCAUCGGAAACUCCGUGAUUGUCUCCGGAUUUCUGGUGCUCAGGUUUGCUGGUAAGGUGGACGUGUACGUCGAAGAAAUUUGGCUGUUUUGCGGCGCAGUUUUUCAUCUGAUAUUUGGAGGUAUAAUAUUGAGCGUUAAUGUGCUACACGAAUUGGGGGAGAGGAACCGGAUAUCGGGCUAUUUGAGCGUUCUUGUUGGCAUUGUUAUGUUGGUAGAACCUGUCGCUAUUAUCUUCAAGAGGAAUUUUUGGAAACUAAGAUAGAUUUUGAGAGUGAACUGCCAAUUAAUAUGUAUACAAUACCUUGUGAAUGAAAUAUGAGUU